AUGGCUCUGGCCGCGGCGGAGUUCGACAAGCUAUCCGAGCCUGUUCUGAUCUCCGUAGGGGAUAUGAGGGUGAAUCUUUCCGUCCCUCGUGCGUGCGUCCUGGGGUCUUUGGCUGAGUACAUUGUAGCGGAAGUUAACCACACACGAAUGCUUGCGCAACAGCAGUCCAAUGGUCCUCCACGGGGAAUGAACGGCAUGGCAGACUGGCUUUGUGUUCUCGCAGCUCAGAGCAAUUCUGCCUCGAGCAUAGCCCAGGCCGGUGAAAUUCGGAAAUGCAUACUUCGUGGGGAGAGCACCGAGAGCCUGCUUAUCGUAUCGGGGGAAGCUGGUACAGCAGGCGCUGGGUACGCAGAAGCAAGGCCACUGGCAAAGGCUAUGGAGAUGCAUGUGGCACCUAAAGAGCAGGCUGCCUCAGCACCUGUGCCGGGGGAGGCAAUGGGCCCCGAGGUGGUGCAUGGAUAUAAAUACCUAGCCACAUCUCCCACACGUAGCAGCCCAUCUAGCAAAGUCCCUCUGCCGUUCGACAAACUACUCAACUUCCACUUACUACUUUUCUCCUGCCACAAUAUGGCCGACGUCGAGACCAACGCCUUUCCCAAUCACGGCGACUUGGCCCAGACGGAUCGGCCCUAG